AAUCGAAAUCUCUUGAGAUAAGGCGGCUUGGAUUCCACAAUUGCGCAUUUUUAGCUUAUAUUUAGUAUUUUGAGAACAAUAGAUCUCUCUUAAACUAUCACAAAGCACGUAAAAGCUUACUUCUAAAGUGAUAUUCGUGUGAUCUGUUUAGAAUGAAUAGAAAAAGAGGAUCCCAGAGCAGUCGCAAUAUGAGAGAGAGUAGCGAAGAUAUGUUUUUAUCCCAAGACUAUCCUGGCCCGAGCAGCCAAGCCAGCCAGGCUAGCCAGGUAUCAUCACGAUGUACUAGAAGUUCAAUCAUCAAGAAUUCACAGUUCAUAAGUUCGCAGGAUAUGGAGACACAAAAAGAACUAAUCAGUAGUAUAAUAAGAUACCUUUUCAUGGCAGAUCGCAACAAGUUACCCAUACAGAAAUCACACAUUAUUAAACAUGUACUAGGUGGAAAUAGCAAAAUAUUUCGUUCUAUUAUAGAGAGUGUAAAUAUACAACUAUCUGAGGUAUUUGGAUAUAGCUUAGUAGAAGUUGAAGGUAAUAAAUAUAUAUUAGUGAAUAAAAUAGAAAAUAAUCUUCCACAUCUCACCUUCAACGAUAAUCAUAAACUGGUGCUGUUGUAUCUUGUACUUGUUCAUAUUUUUAUGUAUGGUGAAUCAUGCAAAGAAGAAAUACUGUGGGAUUUUCUUCAAAAUCUGGGUAUUAUAACUGAUAAUAAUUUUCAACAUGAAUAUUUUGGAGACAUCAAACAAUUAGUGACAGUGGAUUUUGUAAAUCAGAGAUAUCUUGAGAAAGUAAUAAUAAAUAAGAAUGAUCCAACAGAUUUUGAGUUUACGUGGGGCUCUCGUGCGAAAAAUGAGCUCACUUAUCAUUCUGCUUUACAAUUUGUAGCAGAUAUAUAUGAUUGUCCUAUAAAGAAAUGGAAAUUGCAAUACAAAGCUGUACAGGACGAAGAAAAAAACGUGAGAGGAAAAACAUAGUCUAUCUACGUUUUCGACAUGUUACAAAAAAG